GAAGUCAGAGCCCUCGAAUUUUCUCAGCGAUUGGAAUCCAAAGACGCUCAGUUUGUCGAUAACUUCUUGGACAAUGCCGACUAUCGCUAGCCACAACUCGUCUCCGUUCAAGGAGAUCGUGACCGUCAGAUCGGAAAGAAGCGGGGGGACCGGUGGAUCUGAAGUCAAUUGCACCUCUGGUAAACGGAGAUUAACAUUUGAUGCGGCGGCGGUGCAGGAGGGUCCUAUCUCUACUCCGACGAAGCUGAAAUCACUUCGCAGAUGCAGGAAUUCGAGUCCAAACAGCCCUGCAGAUGGUAGCAAGGAAGAUUGUGUUAGUAAAAGAUUAGCAGGAUUGUGCAAAUCACCGGUGAAGAGAUCGCACAACAGUUUUGACCUUAAGCAGAAUUGGAAUCCAAGUGAUCCUGAGCAAAUGAGUGCUGUGAAGGAGGCACUUCAUGUGUCUACAGCACCUCCUACUGUCGUGUGCCGUGAAAAUGAGCAGAAAAGGAUUUUAGAGUUUUGCAAGGGAUGUUUGGAACAAGAGAAGGCUGGGAGUUUAUACAUAUGUGGAUGUCCGGGGACUGGAAAGUCGUUGUCAAUGGAAAAAGUGAAGCAGUAUGUGGUUGAUUGGGCAAGAGAUGAAGGAUUACAGCCACCUGAUUUAUUAGUGAUAAAUUGCACUUCUCUAACAAACACAUCGGAGAUUUUUGGCAAGAUAGCAGAUAAGCACCAACAAAAGAAGAAAACUUCACCUUUGCAAUAUCUUCAGGAAAUUUAUUCACAAAAGCAGCAAUCAUCUGGCUCAAAGAUGAUGGUAAUAAUUGCAGAUGAGUUGGAUUAUUUGAUCACAAGGGAUCGGACUGUCCUUCAUGAUCUUUUCAUGCUUACAACUUUUCCUUUCUCUCGAUGUAUAUUGAUAGGAAUAGCAAAUUCCAUAGACCUAGCUGAUCGCUUUCUUCCCAGACUUCAGUCAUUGAAUUGCAAACCCUUGGUUGUAACCUUCCGUGCCUACUCCAAAGAUCAGAUCCUCAGAAUACUUCAGGAGAGACUUAUGGCACUACCUUAUAUUGUGUUCCAACCUCAAGCAUUGGAACUUUGUGCCAGAAAAGUUGCAGCAGCAUCUGGUGAUAUGCGGAAAGCACUUUCUGUUUGCAGGAGUGCAAUGGAGAUGUUAGAGGCAGAGUUGAGGGAAUUGUCGAGCAGCCCAAAUUCAUCAACAGAAGCCACCCAUCAGCAGACACCUCCAGGUCUUGAAGUCUUCAAAAGAGAACAAAAUAACUCUGUCAGGAUUGAUCAUAUGGCUGCUGCAUUGUCAAAGACAUUUAGAUCACCAGUAGUUGAUACCGUACAAUCUCUUCCGCAACAUCAACAGAUAAUACUAUGCUCUGCAGUGAAGUUUUUCCGCGGAAAAAAGAAGGAUACAACUAUAGAAGAGCUAAAUAAAUCUUAUAUUGAAGUCUGCAAGUCAGCACAGAUACCACCCGUUGGAAUCUUGGAAUUUUUAAGCAUGUGCAGAGUGCUAAACGACCAGGGGCUCUUCAAAUUAGGUCUGUCUCGUGAUGGUAAAAUAAAAAGAGUAUCACUAAAAAUAGAUGAAUCAGACAUAACAUUCGCAUUGCAAGGAGUUCGUUUCUUUCGAAAUUGUCUCCAGUAAUGCCUGUUAGAGUACACAUACUACAAAGUGAUGGUUGUGGUAGUCUUCCUCCCAUCCUCUUUAGUCCGCCACCUCCAUAACCUAGGCUUGAUGUCAAGGCCUUUUUAUUUUAUUAUUUUUUUUCAGAUUUUACUGUUUUAAUUUGAAUUGUAUUUAAUUAUAAAAUAUAAACUAUUAA